AUGUCGACCGACGCUGUCAGCGCUCCAGUCUCGGAGCCUGCACCUGUGCCGGCGCAAUCCACGACUGGUGACCACGACGAGGAGCCGACCCUUGGCCAGAUUGAAUGUGCAAAGCCCGCCUUCCUCCACUCACCCCCCGACAGCAACAAUGCGCCCAAGUCGGAAGCCAGCGACUCUGAGCUCAGCGACCUCGACGACGAUGCCGUUGACCCAUCUGCUGCUCCUGCGACCCAAGAUGAGGCGCCGCCGCCCGAGGACGACAUUGGCGAAGUCCUUCCCGACCACUGGUCCGGGACUGUCCCUGUCUUCAGGCCCACGAUGCAUCAGUUCAAGGACUUCAAGCUAUUCAUGACCAAAGUCGAUCAUUAUGGAAUGAAGUCCGGCAUCGUCAAGAUUAUCCCUCCUCCCGAGUGGAAGGAAAACCUCCCCCGACUCGACGACCUGGUGAAGCAGAUCCGAGUUAGAGAACCAAUUAAACAAGACAUCAUGGGAUCGAAUGGAACCUAUCGCCAAGUCAAUAUUCUUCAUCAAAGAUCCUACAACCUCCCGCAGUGGCGACAACUUUGCGACCAGAGCGAACAUCAGCCCCCAGCGCGGCGAGGCGAGCGCCGAGCCAACGUCGAAAAGCCGAAACCCCGAUCCGCCCCCAAACCUCGUACAGAAGCGAAAUCAACGUCGGCCGGGUCUAGAAAGCGGGGCCGAGGUCGACCGCGCCGGGGUAAGGCCAAGGGCAAGAACCAGGAUGAUGAGGACGAUGCCGAAGAAGAACAAGAGGAAGAGAAGCGACCGAUGACGCCCGUUUCCCCUAAGCCGGCUGCGGAUGCGGACCCCAAGGUCAAGGUCAAGAAAGAAGAAGUCGUCGACUCUGUAGAAGACCCGGGAAUGGAUGUUGACGAAGAUGAGCCACCAACCGUUGGCAGAAUGGGUCGGAUGGGUGGCGCGAGACAAGCAAAACCAAAGACUCAGACUGUUUCGGCCCGUCGGAAGUACAGCAAGAGAGAAGGGUCCGCCAUGAUUGACGAAAAGGCGUUUGAAGACUUUGACUAUCAGAUGGAUGUCUCUGACUAUACCCCUGAGCGCUGUGAGGAACUCGAGAGGAUAUACUGGAAAACCCUCACGUACGCCCCGCCGUUGUACGGCGCAGAUCUCAUGGGUACUCUCUUCGACGAAUCGACAGAAAUGUGGAAUUUGAACAAGCUUCCCAACCUGCUGGACGUUCUUGGGACAAAGGUUCCCGGCGUUAACACGGCCUACCUCUACUUGGGCAUGUGGAAGGCCACUUUCGCAUGGCAUUUGGAGGACGUUGAUCUUUACAGCAUCAACUAUCUCCACUUCGGCGCCCCUAAACAAUGGUACAGCAUUUCACAAGCUGACGCCCGCCGUUUCGAGGCUGCCAUGAAGAACAUUUGGCCCACGGACGCCAAGGCUUGCGACCAGUUCCUCCGUCACAAGGGAUUCUUGAUUUCCCCAUCGCACCUCAAGCAGCACUACAAUAUCACCGUUAAUAAGUGCGUUUCGUACCCGGGUGAAUUCGUCGUAACCUAUCCCUACGGUUACCACUCUGGAUACAACUUGGGCUACAACUGCGCCGAGGCUGUCAACUUUGCGCUCGACUCUUGGCUUCCCAUGGGCAAGAUCGCCAAACGUUGCGAGUGCGCACAGGCGCAAGAUAGCGUGUGGGUUGACGUAUACGAUAUCGAACGGAAACUCCGUGGCGAACCCACUCCCGAGUACGAGGAAACUGACGAAGAAGACGAAGAGGACGAGGAUGAGGAUGAAGACGACGCUACUGGCCUUCCGUCUCCUCCUGGUAGUAACGGCAUUGUCAAGUCGGCUCGCAAACGAAAGCGCGCUGCUGGGGACAAAGAAGGCAGGGCAAAGACCAAGCGGAUUCGUCUCAAGGUCAAGACGCGCGCAGAGCCGACGUGCUGCCUUUGCCCCAGCGAUAUCCCUGGUGCAGAAGUCCUGCCAACAGACGAUGGCCGCAAGGCCCAUCGGAUGUGCGCGCUAUACCUGCCCGAGACAUACAUCGAUACCGUCGACGACAAGGAGAUCAUUGCGAAUGUUGCCAACAUCAACAAGGAACGCCUGGAUCUCAAGUGUCUCUAUUGUCGGUCCAAGAAGGGUGCCUGCUUCCAGUGCUCCCAGAAGAAAUGUGCUCGGGCCUACCACGCCACAUGCGCGGCUGCCGCGGGUGUCUUUGUCGAAGAAGCCGAAGUCCCGGUCUUUGGCGAAGAUGGAACCGAGUACAAGGAGCAAGCGUUCGAGUUCAGCUGUCGCUUCCAUCGUACCAAGCGUGAUAGGAAACAUACUGGUGACUCCUUGGAGGAUGAUGUGCGGAUUCGCGAGGCUGCAGCAGCACUUACCAAGGGCGACAUCUGCCAGUUGCAGUACUUCAAGGGCGACAUCUUUGCCGGUGUCGUGGUUGAGAAUCGCGCCGAUGAGCAGAUGUUCCUCCUUGAUAUCAUUCCUAAUGGGUAUGUCUCUAUCGACAACUUUGAUCAACAAAUUCUGACGUGCUGUAGUGACCGUCUCGAGGUUGAGUGGAAGUGGCUUCUACUGCCCGACCCAUCUGACUACCACCUUCCAAAGGCGUCUUCCAAGGCUAUCCCGAUGCCAUCAUCGCAGAAGGCAAAGGAACGACUGAAUGCGAAACGCCCUGCUGAUGAGAUUCCCCGCAAAGAUGCUCCCUUUGUUGAAGGCUACACAUGGGCAGAGUUCCAUCCAUGCAACGAGUGUACUAAUCCAAACCAGACCAAGGUUGAUCUGUCGAAGGACAGCCAAGUCUGGCACUAUCUCGGCAAGACGUCGACGGAGGCGAAGGCACAGUAUUCUGAUGAUCCCGCCAAGCGGCUGCACAAUCCCAAGAGCAACUUUCUUGACACCAUUCCCAAGCCUCCCAAGCCUGUUUCCGCAAGCACGUCGCAUCGCAGGGUGUCGGUUGUUCCCCCACAACCAGCCCCAUUGCCAGUGUUUACGCCUGGAGUCGCUGUUCAGAAUGGGCCCAAGUCGGAGAAGCCAUACGUAUACAAACCCAGGAAACCUGUCGAAACCAACUACGCUGGGACCGGUUCUUUCACCACGCAAAAGUCCACACCCAAGGCUUCUGCGCCCCCGACUCCCGGAGGACAGCAGAUCCACUUCGGAGCUGAUCCUCGAUACCCGAUCCCGGGUACCCAGUUUGUUCAACAGAAGUUUGCUCCCGACGUACAUCAACAAUAUAUGCCUCGUCCCGCUCCAGCUGGGCAGGGCUACUACGAGGCUCCGAACUCGAUGCAACGGUCGAGCCCGUACAGCACCCCGGGACCGCAACCCGCAGUCAGCGCGCGGUCCACGCAACAAACGUGGUCGACGCCGUCGCAGAACUCCAGACCUCCUUUACCACACAGUACUUCGCAAGGCUCAACUCAGCAGAACCAUCGGAGAUACUCGGCCGCACCAACGCCUUCUGUUGCUAUGAAAUAUGCAUUCUUCCAGGUUCACCACAACAGGUCAGACUUUUCCAACCCUAGGGACUUGAUUAAUAAUACUCACACACUCCGUAGAGACUCGAAGACGUACCGAACUCCCUAUGCUCCAUGGGGAGGAUUCACCAACGGAUAUGAAGGUAACCUCCGAGCUCAUCUCAUGAGGACGUCUCCAGAAGCCUUCUUCAAAAACCGGCAAGGCUCCAUUCAGGGAGGCACGCCGACACCCGCUCCGAACACGGGCCCGCAGGGACCUGCUUACGGCGGUCCAUACCACAACACACUCACGAAUGUCAUGCCUCAAGGUUCUAUCGGAAUGUAUGGUGUCAAAACAGCGGCCCCUUAUUCUUCACCAUCGCCGCAGGUCCCUCAGAAUCACGCCAGGACGCCAUCUUACUCAUCGAUAUCUCCCUCUCCUGCAUCAGGCAACUCUCGACCCAGCUCGCAUGGCCAAAGUCAGGGCUGGCAGCCGCAGCAGCCACAGUCGGCGCCGCUACAUCCAGCGAUCCGGCCGCAGUAUGGAGGUUGGGCAAACCAGCCACAACAGCAGCAUCCUCAGCCUCAACAUACUCAACCAGCACAAUAUCAACCCUCGCAACAGCCUGUCUCUCAGCAGUCUCCUGCUAGCCAGCCUCAGUCUACCCAGACGAAGUCUCAGCCUGCAGCAAAGCCCGCUGCGCCGAAGGUGCAGUACAAGAUCCCCGAGAAGCAGACACCGGUUCCCCUCCCGGCCAAGUAUCUCGCAGCCAUGGGCAAGAUGCCUUCGGCUGCUACUCCAUCCAAGACCAGUUCGAAAACAACUGGAGCGUCUGCUCAAGGUACGAACCCACCCCCGGCUGCUCGCCCCGGGAAGGAUGCAACCCAGGAACCGCCGACGGCAGCCACCAAUGGCUAUACCGCGCAAACGGCUUCUCAAUCGUCAAAAUCAGCUGGCCCAACGACAGAGACGGCGCCUCCCGUAGCUCAAGCCCCCGUGUCGGUACCGCACACACCAGUGCCGGCUCCAACCUCUCGAAUGCCCUUUACGAAUCAAUCGAUGACUACGGCGUUCCCCCGACAGUCUACCCAGUCUCAAUCUCAGGCUUACGAUACGCCAUCAGCCCAGCCGUUCCCUCCCGCGAGCCGACCACGGACUGAGCAUCUCAACCCAGCAGAGCUCUUGGCCCAAUUUGCCCUCACCCCGCGCGUGAAUCCGCCGACGCCUACAGCACCUUCCCAUCAGUCCGCACCGUCGCCGGUUCCUCUACAGACAGCUGCCAUGCCAGGCUACCAGAGUCAUGGUUCAAACUGGGGACCGACGCAGCAGCAGCAGCAGCAGCAGCAGACACAGCAGCCCCAAGCCUGGGCGCCCCCGCCGGGACAUUGGCAGCCUCCACAUCAUCAGCAGUACCACCAGCAUCCUCCGCCACAGCAAUACCAACAGCAUUAUCGACAGCAGAAUCAGCAGCAGCCGCCACCACCGCCGCAACAACAACAUCAAAUGCAAGCGCAGCCAUCGUUACCCCCGCCCCAUCAAACUCCUGAGGACGACGUUCCUCUGCCCGAUGUGCCUACGGACUCGACGGCCAUCGUCGAGAGGAUGAUGCAGAAUCUCCGCCGCGCUGCGUUCCAAGGCUGA